AUGGAUAUACAUCGACUCCUUAAUACUCCUCCGCGAAGACGCUUACCCUCUGAGAUCCUUGAGACUCCACCACCAUCACCACCACCAUUACCAAUUCCGCUUUCACAGCUCUCUACGCAAUCGUGGGACUCUCAAAAUGGUCCACGUCCUCUUUCACAGCUCUCUACGCAGUCUUGGGACUCCCGGAAUGGGCCUAGGCCCACUUGUGAGUCCUCAACCGCCCUUAUUAGCUCCCAAAAUGAUCUCUCUUUACCGCAGACCCCUCAAAAACAACGCGCACCACCUACUACACGUAGCGAUCGUAUCCGAAUUAAAACAGCCCUUGAUUUUGAUAUCUCACCAGAGCGAAUACGCAAGAAGUACGGCUAUACAAUUUCCCAAAUCUUACGGGCCAAAAAUAAUCGACUUACCCCACAAUACAAAGCUCACUGUGGCCGGAAGCCAAAGAUCACUACACCCACACGUCACCGGCUUGAGCAAUGGCUCCUUGAAUCACCCUCUCGCCGGCAUAUUGCCUUCAAGCAUAUACCAGAGCUCGCUCCGCCAGAGCUUUAUUUACAAGAUUGUGGGGAGCAGGCUAUACGGACAGCUUUUAAGCUUGUUGGAUAUGGCAAACGGGUUGCGAAGAGGAAGGGUUUUUCAGACGAUCCGGAGAUUAUGCAAGAGCGUGUCGACUUUGCAGAGGAAGGCUUGACUUGGACACCCGAACGCCUCUUUCACCAGAUCUUUUCUGACGAGGUU